AUGGAUGAGUUUCAGUGGCUCAUGUGUUAUGCGUUAACAUACUAUGUUUAUUGCGAUAGUUGCACACAAGGUGGUUUAGUAGACAAUGAUGGAAUAUGAAUUCUGGUAGUUUGUUUUCUGUUGACAAUGACUAGUCAAAACUGCAAGAAAUAUUUAUUUUGGUUUGCCAACGAACACGUAGAUUUCCGUUUGCCUGAGAUUACAUCUAUUGCAUCCCUAUUCAACAUUAAUAUAAGAUGGCUUGAAAAACCAAACCAACAUCCUUAUUGGGUAGUGGAACUACCUUCUGAAAAAGCUGCUAGGCAGAUUGCUAGCCGAUCUGUGGGGCUACGCUCUUGCAUGGAACUUUGGGCUCAAGCUAAAACAGAAGAAGAACUACACAAGAAUGUUCGAUCUUACCCCAUGGAGCUAAUGAAACCAUACUUCAAGCCAGAUCUGUCAUUUAAGAUCAGUGUUGAAACAUUCUGUAACAGGCAAAGUCAAGCAGAGAAAGUAACAAAAAUUGAGUCAUUCAGUUAUCUGCCCCUGGAGGGCCCUGUGAAGCUGAAUGAUCCAGAUGUUUGCCUGCAGCUCCUCGAGUAUUAUGGUCUUGAUUCCAAUCACAUACCAGAGAAACCUUACAACCUCUUUUUUGGACGAUGGUGUCUGUUGCAGAUAGCAGAUGGCCAGAGAGAUGUGAUCACCAAACUCUCCCUCAAGACAAGAAAGUUCAUUGGGAACACAAGUAUGGAUCCACAGCUGUCCCUCUACAUGGCAAACCAGGCACUGGUGCGGAAUGGAGACCUUGUGCUGGAUCCUUUUGUGGGGACAGGUUCAUUACUGGUUGCUGCAUCCCACUUUGGAGGUUAUGUCUUGGGAUCAGACAUUGAUUUCCUUAUGUUACAUGGCAAGACUCGCCCAACAAGAAUACAGCAGAAGAAACAUCGUGAUAAGGAUGAAAGUGUGCGCUCCAAUAUGCAGCAGUAUGGAAAGGACAAUCAGUACUUGGAUGUCAUCGUGGCAGAUGCAUCUUUGCCACUCUGGCGUCCAUCUUUCAAGCUCGACUGUAUCAUUACAGACCCACCAUAUGGAAUUAGAGAAGCUACAGAGCGCAUAGGAUCCACAAAGAACUACCAAAUCAGUGACCACCAUCUUGUGGGGCACAUACCCUCAAAAGUUGAGUAUGGUUUGCAGCAGAUCUAUCAAGAUCUCUUCCAGUUUGCAGCCCAGCACCUGAAGAUGGGGGGAAGACUGGUGUGUUGGAUACCUGUAGUUCGAGAUGAUUACAGUGAAGACAAGCUGCCUAUGCAUCCAUGUUUUCACUUGGUAGCAAACUCUGAGCAAGCCCUUACGACUUACACCAGUCGACACCUCCUCACUCUGGAGAAAGUGCAGGAUCCGCAGAUGGAAUAUACUGGAUCACAUGUGAAUGCUCUGAUGAGAGACUUCCGUGCCAAAUUUUUCCACUAUGGAGAAGAGCACCGAAAGCAGCGAAAACUUCGGAAAGCUUUGGCACGAGAGGCAUACAUGCAGGCUAUAUCCCAGAGGGAGGAAGAUGAUGGAAAUUGUGUAGGUCAAAAUGAAGACAGAGACAGCAGUAGUUCAGAGAGAUGACAGUAGCUGUCAGGUGGAGACUUGAGUUCUUCCUGGUAAGCACUGUACAUCCUUGUUUCUAUAACUGUAGAAAAUUCAUCUCUGGUAUGAACCACUGUGGGCUCCAGUGGUAAUUUUAUUAUGAAUGUGUGAAUAUCCACAUUUUCCAACUGGAACAUGUUCAAAUGUUGUACUUAAGGUGAUUUUGAAUUUUAAAACUUUCACAUAUUUCUGUUAAAUUAGGCUUCUUUGGAAUACUAUCAGAAAUUACAUUUUAGAUAUGAUUGGCCAAUUUCUAAAAGCUGGCUAAUCUUUUUUUAAUGUUAUUUAUUUGUGGUUUGUAGCAUAGAAUGAGAGGAUGAUUGAUGAAUUAUGAAUUGGAAAGGGUAUGGAAUGAAUCAGUUGUGCCCUAUUUUAAAGUAUCAUCGUGGCAUUUGUUUGGAGAGAUUGAGGAGAACUGUGUAAAUGUCAGUCAUGAUAGCUGGUCUCUAGGUCAAAAUAUAAACUUACUUCCAACUACUUCACUUAUUGGAAGUAUUGUUUACUCUCUCUGGCUAGUAGCCGCAGUAGGGAGCUAAGUUGUCAGUAGAGCAGGACCUAUAAGUCUCUGCCAUGAUGCAAAAACAAGUUUUCAUCUUGCUCCCAGCUACACCAGUUCUCUUGGUUGGUUCGCAUGUUGUCAGUGGUUGCAACACUCAUUGAUGUGAUACAGGUAAUGUACUGUAAAAGGGAUAAUAUUUCUAUGGCUUCUGUUGCUGUCUGUAUGACAUGCUGAGAACAGUAAACAGUGAAUCCGUUGAUCCAUGGUGUUGUCAUGUGGAGGGAGGAAACAAAUCACUUCUGACAGUACACUUGUUUAAAUGAUAAGUUGAAUGCAAGACAUAACAGGUACUGGUGAUAUAUGUGUACAUGUAAUGACUUGACUACUGCAGAGUGGAUUUUAAUUUUGUCAUUGGAGAGUUUUACUACAGUUUCUUGAGACAUUACAUUUUUGUUAAGAUUUGUUAACAAUAAAGGGGCCUUUGGUGAUGACCUACAUACAGUCUUGGCAUGGACAUGACUGAGUAGGCAACCCCUAGGGUACCUUAGUUACCAUGAUUACCUGAGGAAUAAUCUCCAGCCACCCACGUUUGGGAAUCCUCCACGAUUAUGUCACUGCUCAGCCACACACCUUACCCAUGUGAAGUUCACUGGCACCAUUCACAAAUGUCAAAAAUAUAAUUUUUUCAAACAUGCCAAAAUUAUUAUGAUAUGCAUUCAUUUUCUAACUUGUUCUACUGAACACUUUAAGCCCAGACCAUAAAACACAUUUAAAGGGGGAGGGAAGUGGCAUUUUUUAUUUUGUGCACAGAUUAUCAGAUACUAUUUCAAAGCUUUUAUGUGUUUGUCAGUAACAUACUGUUUGAUUUUAAUUGUGCUGUCGGUCAAUAAUUCAUUAACAUGUUUGAGUAA